AUGGCCGAAAAGCGCACCGCCGCAAACACAACCUUAGCACCCCCUGAACUCAACGUUGGGCGAAUUGAGAACCCUCUCCCAGUGAUAGAAGUUGAGGAGGAUUACUCACCGACAGAUUCCGCGCUCGGAGGCAGCGAUAGCCAAAGUUACGCCACGUCCCUACUUUCCGAAGUGAUAAACUACAAGUACGAGAACGGCCGUCGAUACCACUCCUACCGCGCAGGGCAGUGUGUGCUGCCAAACGACGAACAAGAGCAGGACCGCGAGGACCUAUUACACCACGUUCGAAACCUGCAUUUUAGUGGAGAUCUCUACCACGCUCCGAUCCCAGAGAAUGUUGAACACGUUUUCGACAUUGGCACCGGAACCGGUAUCUGGGCUAUCGACUUCGCAGACUUACACCCCAACGCUCGAGUAAUCGGCACCGACCUCAGCCCCAUCCAACCCGCCUGGGUCCCUCCGAACCUCGAAUUCUUCGUCGAUGAUGUUGAAGCGGACUGGACUUUCAAACGAGACCACUUCGACUUCAUCCGCGCAUGCGACCUUGCCGGUUCGAUCGCGGACUGGCCGAAAUUGCUGCAUCAAGCAUAUUCACAUAUGAAGCCAGGUGGAUGGCUGGAACUAUCCGACUUUGAGAUGGAGCAUUUCUCCGACGAUGACACCCUUCAUCUGGCGCCCACACUGGGCGAGUGGUUUAGACUGUUGAUUGAGGCGAGCGCGAAGUUUAACCGGCCGAUGAAGGUGGCGGCUGACCAUCAGAGAAAUAUGAUAGAGGCAGGGUUUACGGAUGUGAAGGAAAAGAUUUACAAGUUUCCAAUGGGUCCCUGGGCCAAAGAAGAGCGACUGAAGGAAGCCGGUAGAUUCCAUCGUGAAGUCAUGGUUAUGAGUCUCGAGUCGUAUGCUCUUGCGCUUUGUACGAGGGUCCUCGGCUGGGCCCCAGUGGAGGUAGCGGUUUUCCUGUCUUCUGUGCGGAAAGAAUUGAGAGACCCUAGGGUGCAUAUCUAUGGGAAAUUUCAUGUUGUGUGGGGAAGGCGGCCGAGUGAGUGA